AUGCCAGUCAUUUCAGCGUAUUCAUCUAGUGCCAGUAGAUACAUUCAACCGUCUACCAGUACUCUGACUAAAUCAAACUACUCCGAUCGCAUAUAUUAUACACCACUACUUAACAGUAAUAAGGCAUACAAUAUUGGCAACAGUGGCCUUUAUCGCAAGAGUAGUUAUCGUUUUGAUACGCCAUUAACGUCCGCUACUUCAACUUCCGUUUACCAUCGACGAGAAGACCGCGACCAAAAUAGCAACAGUCGUACUGUUACCAAAUCCCCGGGAGUGUCAUCUGACUGUCUUCAAACCUCCGUUGAUACGAACAAUCGCAAUACUGACUGUAUUGACACUAUCAAACACAGCGUGCGAAGGACCUCUAACACCAACAGAUGCAAUAGAUAUUCAACGACGUUCAGCAGUUACGCUGCACCUACAAGCAUCAGAAGCAGUGGAAACUACAUUUCGAAUCUACGAAACACAGCCUUGAGUGGUGCUGAAAUAUAUCAACGAUACAGUAUCUCAACCUAUAAACCUGCUGGAAGUAUCGCAUCGCGCAUAACUCAAUCGAGUUAUGCUGGCAGUUUACAAGAAGCUGCAAAUACAACCAAAGAACCAUCAAAAGCUUUGUCAUCUGAGGAUCAAUAUCAAUGCAACAACAAUAGUAAGGCCACAAUCAGACUUCGUCCAUCGUCUACUCCGCAGAACUUACCAACUGAUAACGGAAAAAGCAAACCAAGUGAUGAUAUUUAUCAUCAAGAAGAAUCAGUUGCUGUUUUCAAGCCAUCGUCUUCAGUGUUAGUGAAUGCAAUUGCAACAACCGACGAUUUACCCGAAGAAGAUGUUGCAGACGCAAAACUUUCAGCAAACGAUGCAAAAGAACUUUUGGUUUCAGCUACAAUACGUAUAAAACCAAAAAGUAGAUUGAAAAUAACAUCGAAUAAAGAAAAAGGAGCAGAAGGUGCAAUAAACAUCACCGAGAUUGGAAGUGUAAUGAACGAUUGCAAUGUAAUCGCAACUUCUCGAACAAACAACAGUGGCAGCACCAGAAACGUAAAACAAGUUAAUGAGGAAGAAAUUGAAGAUGAAAAGCUAACAGUAUCGCAACGUUUUCAUAUCCAUCCAACGGUUGACAGAAACAAUGAUAAAUUCGUGAACAACGGCAAAAGUGACCAUGAAGAGGAGAAAGUAUAUUUGAGAGUGAACGGCAUUAGUCAUGUAGCAAACGGGGCUAGCCGUAGUUCAACGCUAGGUGAAUACAUUGAUUCGGAGAAAGAAUGCAAUGAUGAUCAGGCCAUGAAUAUACGUUCCAGUGAGGAAUUGCAAAGAACUGCCAGAUCUUCGCGUACCUACACUGAACAAACUACAACUGAAAAGGAAUCACUACCGUUAUCAUCUAGAUCGUCGACGUUCAAAUCAAAUUAUGCGAGAUAUACUGACGCUGCAGAUUCACCACGCAACAUCAAAGGCGGACUUUGUGGUUUAUGGAACAUUGGAAAUACAUGCUUCAUGAACUCUAUGAUUCAGUGUCUCAGUCAUACACGAGAACUUACAUCAUUUCUUCAAAGUCAAUCACCAACAGAACUUGGUACAAACAAGGAUCAUCGCAUAUUAGCAGAAUAUACAAAGUUGAUACAAAAUAUGUGGAGUGGAUCACAACGUAGCAUAAACCCUUCAGAUUUAAAACACGCUUUCUCAAGCAAACACCGAAUGUAUUCCGGUUCAGCGCAGCAAGAUGCUCAAGAAUUUCUAAGGUUUUUUCUUGAUUCAUUACAUGGUGCUUUGAACGUGGCUGUGAAGCGAGAUCCUUUGGGUGAAAUUGAUGAUGCAAUGAAUAAUCGUGUUAAAGCAGACAUGCUUUGGAACUGGUAUUCAAAAGCUGAAAAUUCGGUAAUAAAGGAUUUAUUCGUGGGACAAUUAAGAAGUACUUUGAAAUGCACCCAUUGCGAUACAGAGAGCACAAUGUUUGAUCCAUUCUGGGACUUGAGCCUACCCUUGCCAACAUCGAAUUCUAGAUGCAAACUGGAAAAUUGUCUCGAAAUGUUUAUAAAAGAGGAGAUUCUCGACGGUAUCGAUCAACCUACAUGUUCCAAAUGCGAAACUCGACGUAAAUGCACCAAAAGCUUAACAAUUGAACGGUUUCCACGGUAUCUGGUGAUACAUUUAAAGCGAUUUUCCGAGACUCGCUUUAGCAAAUUGACAAAUACAGUUGAAUUUCCAACGAAAAAACGGGAGCUUAAUUUACAACCGUAUGCAUCAGAAGAUAUUGCUGGGCCGGUAUAUUACUCAUUAUAUGGAAUAUCGAAUCAUAUAGGAUCUACUGCUGGUGGUCAUUAUGUAGCUGUAUGCAAACAUCCAGUAACUCAAGAGUGGAAUGAGUUCAAUGAUAAUUACGUUACCGAAACAAGUGAACGAAAUUUGGUCACAUCAAAUGCAUAUGUUUUAUUUUAUGAACGUGUAUAG